AUGACACUAUUGUUCCCAUUAUUGGAAACAAAAGCAUGUGACACGUGUCUUGAACAAGAUGACGAUGAUGUGAGCGUGAUAGCUGUGAUAGGAAAAGAAAACGAUCGAACUUCACGACAGCAGCAAGAUGAAGAACUGGAUGAGAAACAAGAGGAUGAACGAGUGUUCGAGUUGAGUGACGAACGAUCCAAAAUGGCACUUCGGAAGCAACUCGAUCUGGGAUCGUUAUCGACCGAGCUAGGUAAUGUAGCACAGAAUUACUAUGAGGGCAUAGAAAUUUUGCAAAAGCUGCCUCCAGGAACAAUAGUUAUUAAACAAGAAAAGAGAUAUAAGGAUGAUAGUGAUUACGUGCGGGAUUCAACGGAAAUCAGUAGUGGCGGAUCGACUUCAAGUAAUGGAGUAACGAAAGUUAAGAGGAUUUAUCGAUCUACGAGGAAAAAUCGUGGAACCACGGAAGUCAGAAGAAAUCCUAUACGUGUUACAAAAAAAGAACCAGAUAAAAAUUUUUCUCGGCCAAGGCAACGAUUACUUUCUGCAAAACGGAAGGAAAUGCUCUUCAAUUCUGAGCCUACUAAACGUGGAAAAUCUUCUACGAUGCCCUAUAUGAACACAAGAUCUGUUACUCGUAAAAUGUAUAAUGUAGGAGCAACUUAUCAAGCACCCACUUUAAAAGAUGAAACAGAAUGGAAAGAAUGGCCAGUUCAUGGUAUGCAUGAACGACCAGUAUUUCAUCCACAGAUUGGUCUAGCUGCAGAAUAUUUAGGACGUUAUUUUACGAGUUUAGAUGGUCUCUCUUAUCGAGAAAUAAUCGAUCGACCGGAAAUAGAAGUGGUAUCCGUAGAUCCUCAUUGUGAUUAUCUUUCUUCAUCUACGGAAAAAAAAAGAGAUAAAAAAACGAAAUCUAAUAAAAGUUGUCCCAAUUCUAAGAAUACAAAAAAACCUUCUAUGGAAUCGUCCGAAAAGAAUAAAUCUUUUGAAAGUUGCAUGCAUGAAAGUUUUCACUGCGUUCUAGGUUAUUGUUCGCAAGUAAUGACACCAACUUAUAAAAUGAAUGUAGAAGGAAAGAUAAACAUGUUAAACGAUAAUAAAAAUUUAUCUAAUAUUUCUAAAGAAAUCGAUAAAGAAUCGUCUAAGUCGAAUAUCGUUGAUCGGAAUUCUAAACGCGAAUCCUCUAUUAGUUUUAAGGAAAAUUUACAAAAAUCAAUUGAAGAAAACAAAUUCCUUGAUAAUUGCGGAAUUACUAUGUUCCCACAAAAUGUUAAGAGCUUCACUCAAGUUCCAAAAACGCGUUUGUUUCCAACUCAGAAGGUUUAUAUAGCUAAUUCCUCGAAAUCCAUUGCUUUUACCAAUCUAAAAACACUUCAAGGAGGACAUAUGAAGAUCCAGGAAGUAAUACGAUCUUCUAAAAGUCCUUUUAUUCUAGUAAAUCCUCCUGAUUCAAAAGAAACACCACUUUUAAAACCAUUUACAAGUAAUAUAAAUGUGAAUAAAGCAGAAGAAUUUCCUGCUAGUGAAGAAACUUUAGGUGAAGUAACAUCUAUAUAUAAGAAUGUAUCUAAUGAAGAGUUGAAUGCAAAACAAACGCCUGUAAAACGAGGGAAUAAAGUAGAAUUUACAGUAACAAAAUAUCUUUUGAAUAAUAUGCAACAGAAUAAAGUUCAAGUGGGAAAAGAAUCAUCUUCGAUCGAAAAAAAAUUAUGUUACGAGACAACAUGCAGAGAAGUGAACGUUAAAACUAUGUCUGGUGGCAUAAGUAAAACUUGGUGUGCCGGUGAGACCUCAGAAAUAGCGAAAAUUCUUUCAGAAUAUAAUAAAAGUAAUUUAAAAAAGCCAGCCAUAGAAAAUCAAACUUUCUGUAAUAACAUGAAGAAUAUUAAGAUUAAAGAACUCAGUAAUAAAGAAGGAAAUGUGAAACAAGAUGUCCAAGAAAGUGUUAUGGAUAAAAAUGUGAAUAUAACCUUUCCUCAGGGAAAAUGGCGGCGAUUUCAUUUAACUGUGGAGAAAUUGAAAGAUUUAAAAAGUAAUUCUAAUGAGAAAAAACAUUCUUUGGGAGUUUUAAACGGACAAUCAUUAUUUAAAAUGGACCAAACAACCGGAGAAAUUUCAUCUGAUAGAAAAAUUGAAAUUCCAAAGCAAUUAGAUAUGGUCCAAAUAAGUCAACCAUCUAUAAUGAAUUCCGAAAAGAAAGAAAAUAUUUCGACAGUUAAUACUAGCGUAGAUACAACAACAAUGAAAACACAAUCUUUACAAGAAUUAUUAGAAGAUACGGCCAUGUUAUAUUGCGCCGCCACUGGAACUCAUCAAGAUGAUUUGGCUAAUUAUAUUGAUAACUUAGAUGCUGCACAGAGUAUACAAUGGUUGGAAACUUGUAAUGAUUUAAUUGCAUGA